AUGGUUCGGUUUUUCAACAGUUUGAGGUAUUGCGGGUAUGGUGUAUAUGCUGACGUCAAGGGAAGAUUGCCAUACUACUGGUCAGAUUUUCAAGAUGCUUGGAAUUAUCGAGUGAUACCAUCGGUGGUGUAUAUCUUUUUCACCAAUAUUUUACCGGCAAUCGCAUUUGCUCAAGAUAUGUUUGAUAACACGAAUAAUCUGUAUGGGGUGAAUGAGGUUCUUUUCAGCUCAGCUUUGGCAGGAGUGGUGUUUGGUUUGUUAUCAGGCCAACCUUUGUGUAUCGUUGGUGUCACCGGUCCAAUCAGUAUCUUCAGCUAUACCGUGUACAAACUAAUCGAGCCGUUGAAUGUCCCCUAUUUUCCAUUCAUGUGUUGGAUCUACCUAUGGUCAAUGGUAAUGCACUUUGUUAUUGCUUUUGCAAACCUCGUGUCGUGGUUAAAAAUUAUUAGUCUGUUUUCGUGUGAAGUGUUUGGGUUCUUCAUUUGCAUUGUCUAUAUUCAGAAAGGAAUUGUCAUUUUGGACCAUCAAUUCCGAGAUAUCAGCGUGGCCAGUGGAUUUGCUUCAGUCUUGAUUUCAAUGUUAAUGAUAAUUUGUGGAGUGGGGAGUAACCUUUUUGGAAGUAAUCUCCAUUACUUUAAAUUCUGGAUAAGGAAAUUGUUUGUGGAUUACGGAACCCCUUUGUCGGUGGUGUUUUUCACUGGGUUCGUUCAUUUUGGCGGUCACUUAGAUGAUGUCGAGUUUGCAAAGUUACCAACUACUGAAUCUUUUGCCCCCACCUACAGUGGUGCAGGUAGAGAACAUGGCUGGUUCAUCCAUUUUUGGCCGUCUGAAAACAUUGAGGUUAAACAUGUGUUUCUAGCAAUUCCCUUCGCAGUGUUGUUAACUUUCUUGUUUUACUUUGACCAUAAUGUUUCGUCGCUUAUGUGUCAACUGAAAGAGUUCCCGUUGAAGAAACCUCCAUCUUUCCACUGGGAUUUUGCCCUCUUGGGGAUAACUACCGGUUUGGCAGGAAUAUUGGGACUUCCAGCUCCUAAUGGUUUGAUUCCCCAAGCACCAUUACAUACCACUUCACUUGUCAUCAACUCAAAGCAAGGAAAUGCUGUCUCCGUGGUUGAACAAAGAUUAACAAAUACCCUACAAGGUUUGAUGACGCUAGUGAUGAUGACGAAGCCAUUUUUAAUAGUUCUUGGAUUGAUUCCUCAAGCAGUACUUUCGGGACUAUUUUUCAUCAUGGGAAUAUCUGGUCUUAACGGCAAUCCAAUAACUAAUAAAAUCAGGUACCUAUUCUUGGACGCCGAAUAUAUUGAACAAGAUGUUAACUGUCCGGCAAUUUUUAAAGAGUUGCAAGAUUUACCUAACAAGAAAUGGUUCUAUCUUUAUCUUUUGUUACAAUUAAUCGCAGCGGGCUGUGAAUUUGGUAUCACUCUAACCGAUGGAGCCAUUGGGUUUCCUGGAGUAUUGAUGUUUUUUGCGAUUUGCGCCAAGUGGGUAUGGCCAUUGAUUAUCCCCAAAAAUGAAUUGAAAAAAUUAGAUGGCGAAGUGGCGGAUGAGAUGAUUAUCAAAGGAUUACUGAUGUCACAUUUGAAGAACCUUAGAAAACAAGGAAAAAAGGGCUUUGCAUAG